AUGGCGUCUGUGCUCCCGAAGAAACGUGCCAUGCAAGGCUCUGGCGGCGGCAUGUCCACGGUAAAAUACGAUCUCAACCGAAGAGUGGUUUCUGGACGAAAUGUGUCUGGAGGGUCCAGAUCAGUUUCUGGGAACCGCCAUGUGAGUCGAGGCGAUAUGUUUGUGGCUGCCGAGGAUGACUCGUUUGCAGAGGAUGCUAUUGACUUUCAUGAAAAUAAGAAUACAAUCAUGUCGAACUUUGAAGAGUGGAUCAAGCUUUCUACUGAUAACAAGAUCACGUCGAAGAACUCCUGGCAGUUUGCGCUUAUUGAUUACUUUUACGAUUUGAAUGUGAUUAAGGAUGGCGAUAAUAUUAAUUUUCAGCGUGCCUCGGCCACGUUGGACGGGUGUGUGAAGAUUUACUCCAGUAGAGUGGAGUCGGUGGCUCUGGAAACGGGAAAGUUGCUUUCUGGAUUGGCCAAGAAGAAGGCAGAUGAGCCUUUGGAGGAGGACGAUGACGAGGAGAAUGCAAAUGGAGAGCAUGUGGAUCCGGCUUCGCUUCGAAGGGAGAGAAGAGUGAAUAGAGUGGUGGAAUCUACUUUGCUACUGGAGGAAGCGCUACGGAUCAAGAAGCUCGAUCAGGAAUUGGCCAUUGACCCGCUUUUCAAGAAGGCGCUUUCGGAUUUUGAUGAAGGCGGUAUUAAAUCGUUGCUUUUGAAUACGCUACGUAUAGACUCGUCUAUGAGAGUUGUUUUCGAUGCUACCACUAAUGCACCUAGAGAAACGAGGAACGAGGAUGAAUCUGAAGAGUACGAGCCGCCACUGGAAGAUCUACAGCUUCGUCUGACUGAAGUGGAUGUUGAUAAACUUAAAAGUUUUGUCUUGCAAGAUGACGAAGAGCUCGAUGCUGCUACUGUGGUGCCUACCAUGCCUGAACUUGAUGCUGUGUUUAAUGAUAUUGGUAACGCUAAAAGCGUGCUUGGUAAUGUCAAUGCUAGGCUUGGUGGCGAGCAGGAAGAAGGUACUGAUCGUGAAUUUGAGGAACCUGAACAGCCUGACUUUGAUGACUUUGCUCUUGGCGACGAUAGAGAUCUUCCAGAUAUGCCUGAAGACGGCCACUUCAUGGAUUUCGCUAAUAUCGAGGCUGAACUUGCUCAAGGGCCUGUUCCUGGUGACGAUGACGAAAUCCCAGAUGAAAGUGAAGUCGUUACUGGUCACGUUCUCGAUCAGGACUUGAUGACUUACUUUGAUAAAACCAUGAAGGACACAUGGAGAGGUCCUGAGCAUUGGCGUGUUGCAGCAUUCAAAAAGCAUAAGAACUUUGAUACGCCAAACAGCAACAAGUCUCGUGCUACCACUCCACAACCAGACGGUGCACCAGCACCACCAAAACGCAAAAGAAAAGAGCAAAUUACAAUAGACUUCUUUAAAGACGAAGAUGAAGAUUAUAUUGAAGAUAUCUUCCAGCCAGCCAAGAAAGCAGCGCCUAUCCUUCGGUCCCCAGAUUCCAUUGACACAAACAACUACUACCUUCUACCGGAUGACAUUCAGUUCAAUUCUAAAAAGUUGGUAACGCUAUUUAUCAAGCCAGAUAGGUCGAUUGUUACCUUCUCGCGUAGAGCCAAGCUGCUCCGAAAUGAUGCUGAUGUCCUAGAUAAAGCUGCUUACACUGACCAAGCAUACUUUGCUGACGAGUACCAGAAACAAGAAAAAGAACGUGAAGAGGAAGAAAGACAGGAGAAGCUCGCAGCAUCGUUCCAUCAAGCAGAAAUGGAGGAUUACGAUAAUUACGGUGAUAUCGAUUUUAAUGAUGUCCUUGGAGGCGCUGAUGAUGCCAAUGACGAACUCAAGCCUGAUACAGAGAACCAGUUCGUUACCGAGGGUCGUAAGGCUCGUCCUGAGUACGUGAACUUCUCGCGUGUUGCCAAAAGAGUCGAUAUCAAGCUCCUUAAAGACAACCUCUGGAAAGCCAUCAAGCCUGAACCCGUCGAGCCCACCGAGCCCAACGAGUCUCCAGAAAAAGAGCAAACGCCAGUCAAGAUCGAAACUGACUUCACCGAGGUGGCCCAGAAAAUCGGCAAAAUGUACAAGCCCGAGGAAAAGAAAGAUCUCUCGACAAGUUUCUGUUUCAUUUGCAUUCUACAUUUGGCCAACGAACAUAAACUCGAUCUUUCUUCCAACGACGCUUUUGACAAUUUACGCAUCACAGGCUUCUAG